AUGCGGAGAAGAGAUCACCAAGGCAGAGAGUCAGCACUCAAAUCUAUGAUAAACGACGAUGUCGACUAUGAUUAUGUAAUUGAAAAAUUAGCAUCAUAUUUUGAUGUUAAAUCAGUUAACAUCAAACUUCAAUUGGAGGUUUAUGCUAAAAAAGAAGCAAAAGAAGCCGGAAAAGAAGACGAAAAGAAAGAAGUGAUUGGAGAAGAAAAUGAGUGA